CCCUUCAUCAUUCGAGUUCCGCGCUGCACCGAUUCCGGUUGUCGUCGUCGUUAGCUUUGUCACCAAUAGUUGCAUCGUUGUGUAAUCAUAGUCCGUGCGUUAGAAAUUUUCACAAAUCCGUCGCGUCUCGUUCCGUGGUAGUUCUUCCGACAGCAGGUUCCACUGCCGACUGCCGACAUCUGCUUCCCCUCGGAACCAGCGGGACCACUAGUGUACGGUCGAUUUCUGGCUUUGCUGGAAAGCAUUCCACCCCCUAUUUUUUCCUUCCCUUUUCUUCUUUCUCUUCAACUCGACUGAUAAGUGCUUUCCACCGUGCAGGGAUGAUGGUCUGGGUGUCCGAUUACGACUGCGACCCAAAGGGCCGCAAAAUGAACCCCGAAUCGAUUUCCCACCUGGAGCACAUGUGCUCGCUGGACAUUGACUCGCAGACGCCAUUCGUUCGGCUGUCCGGCAUUAUCUGCACCAUUGGACCGGCCUCCGUUGCGCCGGAAAUGCUGGAAAAGAUGAUGGGCACCGGCAUGAACAUUGCCCGAUUGAAUUUCUCGCACGGUUCGCACGAGUACCACGCCAACACGAUCAAGAACAUCCGCGAGGCGGUGGAGAACUACUCGACGAAGCAAGGCAAACCGUACCCGUUGGCUAUCGCUCUGGAUACUAAGGGACCGGAGAUCCGUACCGGAUUGAUCGAGGGAAGCGGAACCGGCGAGGUUGAACUGAAGAAGGGCGACCAGAUUCAGCUGACGACUGACAAGGAGCACCUGGAGAAAGGCAGCAAGGAAAAGAUCUACGUUGACUACGUCAAUAUUGUCAAGGUCGUUAAGAAGGGCGAUCACGUGUUCGUCGAUGAUGGCCUAAUCUCGCUGGUGGUGGACAGUAUUAGCGGUGAUACUCUGACUUGUACGGUAGAGAACGGUGGCUCGUUGGGAUCCCGCAAGGGUGUUAACUUGCCCGGUGUACCAGUUGAUUUGCCAGCCGUGUCCGAGAAGGAUAAGUCAGAUCUGCAGUUUGGUGUCGAACAGGGGGUUGAUGUGAUAUUUGCUUCUUUCAUUCGUAAUGCUGCCGCAUUGAAGGAAAUCCGUACCAUUCUCGGCGAGAAGGGCAAGAACAUCAAAAUUAUUUCGAAAAUCGAGAACCAGCAGGGUAUGCAAAACUUGGAUGCCAUCAUCGCUGCCUCGGACGGUAUCAUGGUUGCCCGUGGUGAUUUGGGUAUUGAAAUUCCGGCCGAAAAGGUCUUCUUGGCUCAGAAGUCGAUGAUUGCACGGUGCAACCGUGCCGGUAAACCCGUCAUCUGCGCCACCCAGAUGUUGGAGUCCAUGAUCAAGAAGCCACGCCCAACUCGUGCCGAAAUUUCGGACGUUGCCAACGCCAUCAUCGACGGAGCUGACUGCGUGAUGCUGUCCGGUGAGACUGCCAAGGGUGAAUACCCAUUGGAGUGUGUGCUGACCAUGGCCAAGACCUGCAAGGAAGCCGAGGCCGCCCUUUGGCAUCGCAAUCUGUUCAACGAUUUGGUCAAUACAACUCCCACCCCACUGGACACGGCCAGUUCGAUUGCAAUCGCUGCAUCGGAGGCGGCCUCCAAGAGCCGCGCUGCGGCCGUCAUUGUUAUUACGACCUCGGGCCGCUCGGCUCACCUCAUCUCCAAGUACCGCCCACGCUGCCCGAUCAUUGCCGUUACUCGCUUUGCGCAGUCUGCUCGUCAGUGCCAUUUGUACCGAGGCAUCCUGCCGGUGAUCUAUAAAGAGGAAGCUCUCGAAGACUGGCUGAAGGACGUCGAUGUACGCGUUCAGUAUGGCAUGGAAUUCGGCAAGGAACGCGGCUUCCUGAAGCCUGGCAAUCCGGUUGUCGUCGUCACCGGAUGGAAGCAGGGCUCCGGCUUCACCAACACCAUUCGCAUUGUGAAUGUCGAAUAAAUAUGGUGGGUGCCGCACCCAGCCGAAAAGCUUCAUCUCUAAGUACAUAAAUGUUCUACAAAUAACAUAAAACAUAGUCAUUAGACACCUACACACAGGAAGAACAAGGCGAUACAACCGUCAAGUCCAACACCACAUCAUAACUCUCAAAGAUGAAGAGAACUGAGACGCUGUAGCAAGUGGUUAAAUAUUGAAAUUGGCAUCCUUCAGUUCACAAAAUUUAUCGCACUUUGCUAAUAUUAAAUAACAAAACAGCUACCAUCUUAGGUUCUAAUUUUCGCAAAAAAAAAAUACAUAAUAUUUAUAUCCGAACGGAUUCAAAUUGGCAUUAAACAUUUAGUUAUAUAGGACUCUAAAUUAUCUCAUUUGACUAAGCACGCGUUGGUAGGAUCGUAACUCAUUAAAGUUAGAAUGCUGGUAAGGUUCAAGCGCGAGAUUGACUCAAACCUGGACAAAGUCCCAGAUAUAGGUUUGAUCAUCUGAUGAAAACGGAUAUAAACCUGUGAAUGUAUGUUAUUGAUAUCAAUAGUAAGCAAAUAAACAUUUAAACAGUUGAA